AUGUCUGACUUGGAUAAACAAAAAUCAUCUGGUCUACCGUCUGGAGUGAAAUGUCGCGGCUGCUCCCAAGGAGUCGCAAAAGAGUAUGUACAAUGCACUGGCUGUCAAGCCUACUAUCAUCCAAGCUGCGCUGAACGUGCUGGAUCUCUGCCCAAUGGGCUUAUUCAACGUUGCUGUGGCCGACGUGGGUCUUCCUCCACAGAAGAUAUUCGUGACAUUAUUAAGCAAGAAAUAAGUGCUCUGCGUAACAGCUUUAAAAAUGAUGUUACGUUACUGCGUAAUGAUAUCAAGACGGAUGUCAAUAAUGAUGUCACAUCACUACGUAAUGACAUCAAAAAUGAGGUAGAACCUGUCAUCUCUAGUGUAAAUGACCUUAAAUCACAGGUAAAACAGUUUACAGAGCAAUUUCAAAAUAGAAUCUGUGCUGUGGAAGAAAAACUUAUGAAUAAUGAAGUGCGCAUAACGGCCAAUGCUAAGAUUAUAACCUCCAAUGUUCAGAAAAUUGCGGAUCUCCACAACUUAGUUACUGACAUACAUACUCAGGCUGAUAAUAGUGUUAUUCUGCGUGAAGUAGACGAUCGUCUGGCCAGAAGAAACAAUGCCCUUUUUUUAGGCAUUGUUGAAUCUCAAAAAUCUACUCCUAUUGAGCGUCAAGAGGAUGACCUCUCCAGAGUCCAAGGUAUUUGCUAUACUCUUGCAAAUAAUGUCUCAAUCUCCUCCUGUACAAGACUGGAUCAUAACCGGAUUGAUAAGAGCAAAGAAAGCCAAGGACUCUCUCCUGUCAGUGGAGAAUCUUUCGAUAGUCCACGACAAAACAAAUCUCCAGAGGAACGAACAAAAGAUAUUACGUCAACAACUCCAGGAACAGACAGCAGCAGGGGAACGAAAUUUGAGGAUUGUGCGACAGACGUGAGGAGUUCAGGAGGUCGGGUGGAGGUGUGCUGA